AUGGCGGCUAAGAAUUUGAUUCCGCAUCGGUUGAGCUACGGCCCCGCUGGGAGUGCCGCCAGCGACCAGGUUCGCCUGGCGUUCGGCGACAUCACAGCGCCGGAGUUCAGAAAGGGCCGCUACGAGGUCUGCCACUACUCCCGGAGGAGCCUCGGAGGCUGCACUGGCCCGCUGGCCGUCGACCAGACGCUGUGGUUCUGCUACGAGCUCCACGCUCUGCUCCGGGAGGAGAGGGCAGCCACGUCGCGGUCGAGUACGAGUCCGAGGAGCGCAAGAACGUUGCCGUGGUCGUUGGCGCCUACCUCGUGCUCGGCCGGGGCUGGUCUGCGAGGGAGGUGCGCGGCGCCCUGCCCGAGGACGCCGGCCUGGUCCUGCCGUGCUCGUGGGCUCACCCUGAGGACCUGGCGACCAGCCACGGGGCGCCCCGCAUGA